UAGCAAUAACAAAGUGAUAGCAGAUUUUAACAAAGAAGAGCUUUAUGUUUGAUUAACAUUACAAAAGUACGUUGUACUAUUGCAAAAACUGUAACAAUAAGAUCUAAUUCCGCAACCUAAAACACAGUGAAACUUCUUAGAUUUGUGCGCAAGAUGAGCGACGCCGCCUCCGUUGAACAUUUUUCUGCACUCCGCAUGAAGUAUCACGAGCGUAAGGAUGCAUUUUUGGAGCAGAAUAUUAAAGUGAAGGAUCCGUUUUGUGUGUUUCGCGACUGGCUAAGUGAUGCGCUCAAUGCCAAAGAGAUUCUGGAGCCCAAUGCAGCUGCAUUAGCCACAGUUAAUGAUGAGGGCAAGCCUUCCAAUCGCUUUGUGCUAGUCAAGGAAGCAACUGCCGAAGGCUUUACAUUUUUUACCAACUAUAGCAGCCGCAAGGCGGAGGAAAUUGCCUGCAAUCCAAAUGUGGCAAUCACCAUUUAUUGGAUGCCGCUACGACGUAGUAUACGCAUUGAAGGUGUGGCCGAGAAGAUACCGCAAGAAGCUUCGCUUAAAUACUUUCACGAGCGUCCUCGGGCUAGUCAAAUCGGCGCUGCGGCCAGUCCACAGAGUCAACGCAUUCCUUCACGCAGUUAUCUAGACGAGGUUGAGGCCGGAAUCAAAGCAAAGCUGGGUGCUGACACGGAAGUUCCAUUGCCAAACUGGGGCGGAUAUCUUGUGCGGCCUAGCCUAAUCGAGUUCUGGCAGGGACAAACAGAUCGCCUGCACGAUCGCAUACGCUUCCGUCGUGGCAGCGGCGUUGAAUCAGAGGUCGAUGGCAAGCUGGUGCAUGCUGGUGAAAAUGGCUGGAUCUACGAACGCUUGGCACCAUAAAUCCACAAAUCAUUACAGGAUGGAGCUGCGUAAAAUUGUUUUUAGACCACACUUAAUUUGUGAAAACGCCGUCAUAGCAUAGCGAGCAUCCCCUAAAAGGGGUAUUAUUGUUACUAAAUUUACUAUUGAGCAAGCUCAGUUUUUAAUUACAUGAGAUACUGCCACUGGCAACCAUUUGCAUCCUUAAAGUCUUUAAGCCUGUACAGAAUAAGUUUACGGAUUAUCCCGCAAGUAAUGAACACAGGUCCGUACUACGAAUUGACGACGAACCAUUUUUGUAAAGCCAGUACGAGCCUGUAGUAGUCGUCUUGCAAGCAAUCUGUACGCCUCCCCAUUUGUUGUUGUACCAGGGACGGUGGGUUAAGUAUCGUUCCUGUUCUGCAAUACCUGAAUGCAAUACCUUAUCUCAG